UCAAAAAUAUCUAGUCAAGCGUUUAAAUACAACCGUGGAAGCCAGCCGGCGAGCAUGGAUACAGAGCUGCAGGAGCUGAAGAGCGUGCUGCGGUCGCUGGUGGUGUCCAGCCCGACGCAGGUGGACGUGCGCGCGCUGCUGCGCGACUACCGCAACAUGAUGGGCGCGCCGGUGCCGCUCGCCAAGUACGGCUACCGCGACCCCGUCACGUUUCUACGAGAGCGUUUCAGUGAUUGCUUUGUGUUUCAAGGGCCACAGAACAAUCCUGUAUUAACAUUAAUAGUUCCUGACGCGCUGAAGCAUAUUGAUGAGUUUGUUCAGAGACAAAAGUUAUCAACAAAUGUGAAAUUCAAAGGAAAAAGAAGAAGUAUUCCGGAACAAAUAAUCAAUAAAUCAACCAAAAACUUAAUAGCCAGCACAUUUAUACCUCCUGCUCCAAAGAACAAACAACACAAUACAACUACUCCAAAACUUACUACAAACACUGCAAUUAACAAAAAUUAUACAACUGAAUCUGGGAAUAUACCAUUACAUAAAUCAAUUAAUAAACUCAACAUUCAAGAUCAAGCCCUAAGCCAAGAGUCAAUAGCUAGCAAUAAAGAGAAAUCGCAAGAUAAUGGUGCAGAAGAGAGAUUACAAGAUCUAAACUCUUCCCAAAGUGCUUUACAAAAGUUCCUGAAGAAAAGAUUACCUUUUUACAAUAGUUCUCAGCACUUGAGCAGUGACAAAUAUGACUCGGGGAUUGCCUCAUCCAAAGGGGAUGAUGACUCUGGGAGACGGACCUCAUCAAGUACAGGCAGUAAAGCAGCGUUGUUAGAAGAAUUAAAAAAGGAAAUAAGAGAUCUGGUGGAAGAACACCCUGAAGGUGUUUGGUGUACUGAUCUGAUUGCAUUAUACAGGCAGCGGUACAAGCGCGAGCUGGAGUUCGAGCGCUUCGGGCUGACGUCGGUGGCGGCGCUGGCGGUGGGCGUGGGCGGCGUGCACGUGUCGCGCGCCGGCGACGGCUGGCUGCUGAGCGCCGCGCCCGCGCCGCCGCGCCGCCACGUGCCGCUCAGCGUGGCUCGCUACGCGCCCGCCGCGCCUGAGCAAGUCGACCCUGACGACGCGCUGCCGGGUAUCGACUUUGACCCGGACGUGUUCCCGCAGGACUGCAUGCACUUCAUGGAGAGCAUCCCGGCGGCGCCGCUGGGCGCGCUGGCGCCGGGCCACAACGUCGGCGUCAUGCUGGGCGAGGUCUACUCGCCCUCGCACUUCUGGCUGCUGCGCCUCGGCGACGGCUACGACGCCAUGGGCGACAUGAUGGACGAGAUGACGAGGUACUACACGCACGGCGAGGGCAAGGACCGCUCGCUGGCGCUGGGCGCCGUGCGCGUCGGCCACUACUGCAGCAGCGUGUUCGAGGGCGACUGGCACCGCUCGCUCAUCGUGCGCGUGCAGGACUGCGACACCGUCAAGGUGCGGCACAUCGACUACGGCACGGUGGAGAGCGUGGCGGUGAGCGCGCUGAAGCCGCUGCGGCGCGCGUGGGCGGCGCUGCCGGCGCAGGCCGUGCGCGCGCGCCUCGCCGCCGUGCGCCCGCCCGGCGCCGGCCGCCGCUGGCCGCACGCCGCCGCCGCGCACUUCCUGCACCUCGUGCGCGACCGCCGCCUCGUCGCCAACGUCGCCGCCGUCGACCGCGAGGAUUUCGAGAUAGCCGGGAGCGGGUGCGGCGCGGGCGGCGGCGGGCGCUCGCCGGCCGGCACGGAGGCCACGGAGCGCUCGUGGGACUCGCACGCGCAGUACCGGCGCGCGGCGGGCGUGCGGGCGCGCGCGCUGGCGCCGCUGUACUGCCGCGCGCGGCACCUGCUGACGGCGCGCGGCGCGUGCACGCUGGGCGUGGUGCUGCUGGCGGGCGCGGCGGCGGCGUGCGUGUGGGCGGCCGUGGGGCUGCGCGCGGCCGAGCUGCCGCUGGCGCCGCGCGUGCAGCUGCUGCAGCUGGCCGCGCUGUCGUCCGCGCUGCUGCACGCCGCGCUGCUGCUCAUGCACGUCUCCGGCCUCAACGCGCUCAUGCCCAUCGACUGGAACAAGCUGGGCGACCCAGGUUCUACCGGGCCAUGGGUGCUUCGGGCCAUUCCUCCACCGUAUANACGAGUCGCCGGGCUCGAGCGACUCAGCGCCGACCAGCGUGGUCUCGGUCUCGAGUGUUUUGCUUCGGAAGCGGUUGGAGUUAGCGAAGAAAUUGAGUCUGUUAGAUCCGCAGCCGAGUAG